GUGACAACAGCUACGAUUCUCCACUAAACCUAAACGCAUUGAUUCAACUAAAAGCUUUGAAAUAUUUUUGUGCUGAAGGUGGCCUUUGAACUGUUUUUAAAUUAAGUGCAGAGUAAAAAAAUUAAAUUCAAAAAUUUGUACGAAUUAAACUGAAAUCAUACAUUUGUGACGCUAAUCCGAGUUCUAGUUCAACUGUCACACUAAGUGCUGCUCGCAAUUAAAAAGUUAUUAACAACAUAAUAAAAAUUUUAAAAAUAUUUAAACAAAAAUACUUUCUAAAAUGCACAUCCUAUUCUCCGUUCUGCUCACUUUUGUUAAUGUAAUUUCUAUAAUUGUAAAUUUCGCAUAUAAUUUGGUUGUACCGCAAAAGAAACCCGACUACCCACCCAUCAGAUCCAAGAUAUUGACAAAAUCUGUAACCGAAUUGGUUACGGAGUUACGGAACAGAAAGUUGACAUCUGUGGAAAUCGUCCAAACUUAUAUAACUCGUAUUAAAGAGGUUAAUCCUUCCCUGAAUGCAGUCAUAGAAGAUCGCUUUGAACAAGCUAUAAGGGAUGCAGAACGUGCAGAUACAAUGAUCUCGAGUACUAGUGAUGAGAAUCUACUUAAGCUUUUUAUGAAAUACCCAUUAUUGGGCAUUCCAUUCACUGUAAAAGAAUCAUGUGGUUUAAAAGGACAUUCAUAUGUUGUUGGUAGUACAUUUCGUUUAAGGGAGCGAUGUACAGAAGAAGGUGAAACUGUAACUGCUUUACGAACGGCUGGCUGUAUUCCUCUCUUAGUUUCAGCAAAUCCAGAAUUUUGUCUCAGUUUCGAAACAAACACACAAAUUAAUGGACGCUGCUGCAACCCGUAUGACUUAAGUAGAUCAAGCGCAGGCUCAUCGGGUGGCGAGGGUGCCCUUAAUGGUAGCGGAGCAACACCUUUUGGUUUAGGAUCUGAUAUAGCGGGUUCCAUACGUUUGCCGUCUUUGUUCUGUGGAGUUUUUGGACAUAAGCCAACAGGCGGCUUAGUGUCAAUAGAAGGUCACUUCCCAAUUAGUACUAAAAACCCAGAAUUUGCAUUCUAUUUACAAUUGGGACCAAUUACACGUUUUGCUAGAGAUCUGCCUAUCUUAUUGGGAAUAAUAGCUGGAAAAAAUCGAGAUAAACUAAAAUUUGAUAAACCAAUGCCGUUAAGGGAUAUUAAAAUACACUACAUGCAUGGCUUUACUGGAAUCAAUAGACUGUUUUAUCAACCAACUGCAUUUGAUAUUAAAUUGGCUAUAACCAGAGCAGUGAAGUGUUUCGAAAGUAUAGGAAUGACGGCUGUAAAGGUGGAUAUAAAGAACUUCGAUUAUUUGGCAGAAAUCUGUUUAAAAGCGAUUGCUGAUCUAGAUGGGAUACCUAGUAUCUUAACCCAAUCUGUGUUUAAAAAGCCUAGUAAAAAGGCAUUAGUCGGAGAAAUAUGUAAAAGCCUAAUAGGGCACUCUCCUUUUACAAGGGAAGCUUUGGCUAUGGAACUAAUGCAGCAAGUAAUCUAUCAAACUUCUUGUGAUCAGACAGCACAAUGGAGAGAGAAAUUAGAAUUGCUACAAACGGAAUUACUGGAAUUACUCGGCGACAAUGGAGUUUUAUUCAUGCCAAGUUUUCAUAAACCCGCUUUUCAUCAUAACAUAUCGCUUUUCAAUUUCGUUGGAGUGGCUCAAAUGACAAUUUUUAACAUUUUGGGUUUCCCAGCGACUCAGAUACCUAUGGGCUUAGAUGAAAAAGGUCUGCCAAUUGGUUUCCAAGUAAUUGCAGCACCAUAUCAGGAUAAGCUAUGUUUACAAAUCGCAGCGGAACUAGAGGGAGCAUUUGGUGGUUGGAUUCCUGCACAAAAGCACAAAUUUUAAUUAAAUAGUAUAAUUUCUUUAGGGAAAAGUGUUUGAAAUUUUAAAUUAUAGAUCUCUGUAGGAGAGAAAAAUUAGGUAUAUCAGUAAAUGUAUUGUAUAUGUUUAAGUCGAUUAUUUCAUUCAAUAAUAAAA